AUGGUCCACUAUAAGUUGAUCUAUUUCCCUGUACGUGGAGUUGGGGAAUCCAUUAGGCAGAUUUUUGCUUUGGCCGGCCAAGACUUCGAGGAUGUUCGCCUCUCGCAUGAGCAAUUCAAACCCGUAAAACCGAGCCAAAUUGCGGCUUAUGCUGAAGUCCAAUGUAAGCUAUAUUUAGGCCUUGCUGGUAAAUCCCCACUAGAGGAAGCAAUCGUUGACUCCCUUGCGGAUCAAUAUGCAGAUUAUCGUUUUGAGAUCAAGCCAUGGUGGAGAGCUGCUAUUGGAGAAAGUGAGGGUGAUGUGGAGCAGCUGAAGAUAGAUGUCGUCCUUCCUGCUCGCGACAAAUUUCUUGGUUUCAUCACCAAAUUUCUUAAAGAAAACAAAUCUGGUCUGUGA